GACGAGAUGAAUGCUUGGCCGAGGAGUAAUGAAUCCGUGCACUCUCCAGUGUUGCUCUCUCCUUCUUAACUCCCUCCUCCUUUGCCAUCCAGCCGAUGGCUUAUCAACCUCUGUUCCUCUCGUCUCUCAGCGCCAGGACCAGAGUGGACUGACCCGUUUGAUUCAUGCGAGGGCUAAUUCACGGCUUGCAAUCGGGGAGUGAAGGCGGAAAGCUCAGGAUUCUCGUUCUCUCUCUACAUCCAUAAUUCAGCUUUUGCGCCUUCCUCCUACUCCUUGCCGCUGCCGUGUGCCGCUCCGGCUCCUGAUGCUGUUGUAGGUUACACUUCAGUUCCAGCCCACCUGAAGUAUCAUUUACUGAGUCCGAGGUCAGAAGUCUCAACUUGUUACAUCGAGGAUGCAAGGAUGAAUAGGACUGACCAGUGGAAGACUGAAGGCAGACUCCUCUAGUGAUCUAUGCAAGGAUGGUCCACAUUCCUAAAGAGUAAGAAAGCACAAAAUGGUUGCCAUAAUCAACUCCAGUUUCUGGUAAAACUGGAAAAAAGUCUGCUGGUUUUCUUCUCCAGGCCCCGGCUUUUCCAUGAUGUAAAUGAAGCUGGGCUCAAUUCUUCUCAACGAACAGCUAGGCCAUGUGCCGUAGAGAAUCCACCGUCACAAGGACCGGGUCUUACCCAGUUUGGAUUUAGCGCCACCCUCGUCGAUCCAUUCAGACCGCCAGCCAAGCGAGGCUGCGGUGGUGGCGGUGGCGGCGGCGGUGGGAGGACCUUUACACAGAGUGCAAAGCACGCUGGGAUAUAUUUACAAACACACUGAGGCACCACCAUGAGGAUACCCACCACCUUUUUCUGUCCCAUAUUGGUCUGCUUUGGGUUCUUCCAGAGGUGCUAUGGGGCUGGCCAUCAUGUCCUAGCAGCCAAAGUGCCCAUCGCGAAGAACCAGACCAAAUUGGCAAAUGGCGAGACAGAAGUUCACCAUAGGCCUAAACGCGGCUGGAUCUGGAACCAAUUCUUUGUUUUAGAAGAACACAUAGGACCGGAUGCACAGUAUGUCGGAAAGCUUCAUUCCAACUCAGACAAAGGGGACGGCUCUGUAAGGUACAUUUUGAGCGGGGAAGGCGCUGGAAGUAUAUUCAUCAUCAACGAGGUGACAGGGGAUAUUCAUGCAACUGAGAGCCUGGACCGGGAGAGGAAAGCACACUACGUCCUCCAUGCACAAGCCUUCGACCGCAACACUGAAAAGCCCCUGGAACCAAUGUCAGAAUUCAUCAUCAAAGUCCAAGACAUCAAUGAUAAUGCCCCAACAUUUCCAGAUGGUCCCUUUGUAGCUGCUGUGCCUGAGAUGUCUGCACUGGGUACUUCAGUAUAUCAAGUUACUGCAACAGAUGCUGAUGACCCCACAUAUGGAAAUAGUGCCAGAGUUGUAUACAGUAUUCUUCAAGGACAGCCAUAUUUCUCUGUUGAUCCCAAAACUGGAGUCAUCCGGACUGCCUUAGCCAACAUGGACCGGGAGGCAAGGGAACACUAUGCUGUGGUCAUUCAAGCCAAAGACAUGGCCGGACAGGUUGGAGGACUCUCUGGAUCCACUACCAUCAACAUCACCCUCACCGACGUCAAUGACAACCCUCCCAAGUUCCAGCAAAAAAAUUAUCAACUGUACGUCCCUGAGUCGGCCCAGGUGGGCAAACCAGUGGGAAAGAUCAAAGCCAAUGAUGAAGACCUUGGCAUCAACGCAGAGAUCAAGUACAGCCUCAUCAACCCAGAGGGAGCUGCCAUGUUCUCUAUCGCCACUGACUGGGACACCAGAGAGGGCAUAAUUAGCCUAAAAAAGCCACUAAACUAUGAGAGGAAGAAGACCUACACCCUCCAAAUUGAGGGGGUGAAUACCCAUGUGGAACCUCGUUUUUCCUACCUUGGCCCUUUCAAAGACACUGCCACCCUGAAGAUCACUGUAGGAGAUGUGGACGAGGCUCCAGUAUUCUCUAUGGAUUAUUAUAUCAUGGAUGUUUAUGAAAACGCUCAGAUCGGCACUGAGGUGGGAGCUGUAACAGCUCGGGAUCCAGACAGCAAAAACAGUCCUGUCAGGUAUUUCAUUGACCGCGGUGAGCAUGGUGAAAAGUAUUUCAACGUCGACAUGGACAGCGGAGUAAUAAAGAUCACCCAGAGUUUGGACCGUGAGGACAUACCCUGGCACAACAUCACAGUGAUGGCCUCGGAGGUUGACAACCCUAGUCUCGUCAGCCGCGUUCCUGUCACCGUGCAGGUGUUGGAUGUCAAUGACAACCCUCCUGAAAUUAACACAGAUGAAGAAGUAAUCGUGUGUGAGAGCUUGAGGCCAGGACAGGUGAUUCAGACUAUCACUGCAGUGGAUAAGGAUGACUUUGCAAACGGCCAGCGAUUCUCCUUCUCUUUGCCCAGCGGAAUCCCUGUCAACCCCAACUUUACCCUCAAGGACAACAAAGACAACACGGCCAGCAUUAGCACGCGACGGAGGCGGUUCAGUCAGCUGGUUCAAGAGCUGUACGAGCUACCCGUCGUGGUGUGGGACGGCGGGGAACCUGAGCUGAGCAGCACCAGCACCUUAACCCUGCGGGUCUGCCCGUGCCAGCGAGGCGGGAGGCUGCAGACGUGCCAGGACAAGAUGGGCCUCCUCUCCUCGGCAGGCCUCAGCACAGGGGCCCUGAUAGCCAUCCUGCUGUGCAUAGUUAUAUUGCUGGCUAUCGUGGUUCUUUUCAUCACCCUACGGCGGAGCAAGAAGGAGCCCCUCGUCAUCUCAGAAGAGGACAUCCGUGAGAAUGUGGUAACCUACGAUGACGAGGGUGGCGGCGAAGAGGACACAGAGGCCUUCGACAUCAUUGCCCUGCGAAAUCCUGCUGCCGCCGAAGAGCUCAAGUUCCGGCGGGACGUCCGGCCAGAGAGGGCCAGACAACGGAACGGGCCGAAAAGGGGAUACGACAGUCCCCCAGAGCCGGACCAGGUGGACGUACAGGAGUUUAUCAAACAGAGACUGGUGGAAGCGGAUAUGGACACCAGCGGGCCUCCAUAUGAUUCCCUCCAGACGUACGCAUUCGAGGGCCAAGGGUCUCCGACAGGUUCCAUCAGUUCUCUUGACUCCCCAGGAACACAUUCAGAACAGGAUUAUAACUACCUGGAUGACUGGGGGCCUGAGUUUGAGAAACUGGCAGAACUUUAUGGAGAGGAUAUGAACGCGGCAGAGACAGACAUGGCAGUCGCGAUGACAGCAGCGACCUAGCCUGUCAACGUCUGUCACGCGGCCUUGAAAACCAAAACUUCUCUUUCUCCCCCCAUUCAAUUGGUUUCAAAACAAUAAAAUUAUUUGAAUUGGUUCCAGCUGAUCUACAAUUACUGUUGACUUACUGACUGCCCCUUUUUUUUUCAUGGAUGUAAUAUGCAGAAGGGUUUAAUCAGAUUUUUGGGAUGGAAAAGAUAUUAAGGAUUAAUGGAAAAAUUAUUUUCCCUGGUGUAUAUUUUUUAUUGCUCAAUAAAGUCCUGAAUUCCAUGAAUGG